GCUGCUCAUGACGUCCACCAUCGUAAAGCAGACGUCCAGCCUUCACUUUUCACAAACGCCUUUUUUCUUCUCCACUGCUUCCCACUGGUGGCACCAUGUUCGGGUUUUCAACCUCACCCUCCUCUGCUUUUGCUUUAUUUUUUAACAUCUGUGUCAUUAUUGUUUUCAUCGCUGCAGCAGAGGCGCAGACACCGUCCCCGGCUCCGGCUCCUUGUAGCCUGAAAUCCAACAGCAGUUGUGAUGAAUGUCUGCAGAAUGUGGCAUGCUUGUGGUGCUCUUCCACCCAACAAUGCAUCGACUACCCAGUGAAGAACAUCCUGCCCCCCAGCAGCGUUUGCCAUCUGAAUGAUGCACGAUGGGGGGUGUGUUGGGUCAACUUCCAGAUAUUGAUCAUCACGAUGUCGGUACUGGCCGGAGUCAUCAUCAUCGCCGUUCUCGUCUGCUGCUUCUGCUGCUGCAAGUGUGAGAGGAUUGGAAACAAAAGAGAAGAAGCUCAGGUGGAGAGACAGACCCGAGCGAGGAAGGCCCGUCAGAAAGCCAGGAAAACGGAGAUCCAGCUGAGGCAUGAUGAAAUAAGACAGAAAUAUGGCAUAGCGAAGGAAAAUCCUUACGCCCGCAUGGAUGAUCAUUAGGAGGAAUGUCAGUGAAGAGGAUCUUUUUGAUGCCAGUAACAAUGAGAUACAGUCAUAUGAGUACCUAUCGAUAAACUGUGAUCUUCCAGAUUAAUUUCAGUGUGACCGAGCUAAAAAUAAAAACCUUGUCUUCACUUAACACUUGCUUCACAAACAAAGGCCCCCUAAUGUCUGAUUAAAAGGUUUGUUCAACUAAUAUGCUUUUCUGUGCAUGUGUAAAACAAGCUGUAAGGCACAGUGUUGUCACCCAAGAUGAGCUUAAACAUUGAUAUUGAAGGAUUUUACAGACAUUGCAGUGUUGUAACGGCUCUGCUUUCAUUCUGCAUCAGCAUGACUGUGGUCUGAACUAAAGGGUCUCUAACAGGUUUUUAUUUUGUCUGUUUUUGAACUUUAUUAGAUUAGUUUUAAAAUGUAUCAGAGUCUUUUAAUGAUGUGAUUCAUCAGAUCUCUGUGUAGGUAAUAAUGCAUUUGAAAAUAAAAACAAUAAACAAUU